AUGCCUCAGCUGAUGCUCGACAGGCCCAAAGGUCACGGGGGCCCGGGUCCCUGUGCGAGGGCGGCUCUGGACCGGGCCCUCCGGCGGCAGUGGGGGCAGGGGGAAGCUGCUGCUGAGAUGAGGCCGGAGCCUCACAGCUCAGACCUUCAGGGGGGGAGAAAGCUCCUCCCUGCCUCCUGCAAGAAAGCAUGGUGCACCUUCCUCCCAGCGGCGGUGGUGUGGUCAGUGUGCCACCUGGAGGCGCCGCUGUCUGUGGUGGACGUUUGCUGGAGUCUGGCGCUGCUCUGCUCGCUGUGGGCUUCCCUGGGGGGCUGCAUCUACCUGCUGCUGCGCUACCUGAGGUCACCACUCCCACUGGGGGGCGCCGCUCCUGGGUUACAAGAAGAGGUUGCCACCAAAAGCGAGAAGAUGGUGUGUGACCGUUCAAGAAGUCCAGACGUCCACGUAGCACUGGGCCUCAACCUGGCUGACUGCCUGCUACUGAGUGUGCUCCAGGAGCCCCUGCCAGAUCCCAAAGAGCCUCUGGCACUACACUACCUGCAGUUUGCACACAAGCGUGUAAAGUCUUUAGAGGCCGUUUCAAACACCCUGAACCCUGCAGACCUGGUCUCGGACAUCUCAGUCCAAAGCCAAGUACUGACCGACAAAGUGACGCUCAUCUGCAAUUACCUGCAGCAAAGGACCACCUCCCUGAGCAGGCUGGUCCAGGUCCAGGCUGAGUUUGAGGCCGGCGUGAAGGAGCUGCAAGAGGGGGUGGAGAUCCGCUGGGCCCAGCUGGAGGAUCUACACACGGGGGUCACGCUCACUAAAGAGGGAGGGAAAGACCACAGGGACUUGGCGUCGACCCUCAAGCACGCAGAGACCUUAUUUGCAGUCCUGAGCCACCACAGGAGCCAACUUAAUGGCUGCCAGGAGCUCCUGAAAGACAGCACACAUCUCCUCCAGGAGCUGACAUGGAGUCACAGCCGUGCCCGCACCCGUCCUAGCAGCAGCCGCAGCACCAGCGAGUCUGUGUGGCCAGAAGUGCUGCUCCAGUCCAACAUGGAGCAGUUUGACAAGACCCGGGAGAGCUUCCUGUCCCUGGAGCAGCAGACCUCCACCUUCCAGGCCCACCUGCAGGGGCUCGCUGCUGACAGGGCCUCCUCCAGCCCUUCCCUGGACGCCGACAGCCGACGCUCCAGCAAUGUUUCCUCUGACCACUGGGAGUCCACCACCACCGCCGAGUCGGACGGCGAGUCGGACACUCGUCUGUCUUUGUGUGAGAGGUCAGCGUUGACGGUCACCUCCACUAUUGGACGCUUACGGAAAUCUUCUCGAAAGAAGAAGUGAGUCAAUGCGCUUGUAUUCUAUGUACGUUUUUGUGACACAAGGGGGCGCCCUGCCACUAGUUAUGACAUCAUUGAAACGCUGCUAUUAUUUAUACUUGAUUUAAAUGUCCUUUGAAUCAUUAAGAUGAAUAGUACAUACAGUACAGGGAAAAUGCAAUAUUUUUCAUGAUGUUUAUCUUUAUGGGAUAAGAUGAGCCCUCUUCAAGUCCUUCAAGUCUCUUCCAUAUCUGUCAUGAUGGCCUGGGGGCUUCAAAGUCAAGAGGAGAGGGCUGCACAUAGGGGGGCUAGUGCAGGUCAGCGCCGGAAGCGUUUUUGUUAUUACAGAAAACGAGGCGGCCCUCUCGACCUCCUCUGCGAGACGUGAAUGUCUUUGAUCCCAAAUUCAAUCUCUGGACUUCUGCGGUGGCCAACAAGGAGCUAAAAAGUAAACACAGACGCCGUUGGACGGUGUUGGACAGCUUCACACCACAGCAGCGGUGCGGAGGUGCCUUGUUGUUGUUGUUGUUGUUGUUUUUCAUCCUCUGGAGAUUUGGGAUGAAAGGAAGGUUAGCUGCAGCCUGCUAGCAUUCAUGGAAAUGUCAGAACCACAAUGAAGGAAAUGGAAAGAUGCAAAUGUGGAUAUCUGUUGGAAAUAGAUGUUUUUGUUUUAUUGUAGAACAAAACACACAAACAUAUUUUAGUUUUUUCAUUUUUAACCAAUUGCCUCUGUGUUUUGGACUGAAGAGCAGGUGUCUCAUUUUUUCAUAUACAGCCAAAAAAUGUGUUUGUGUUUUGGUUUGAAAAGCACAUAUUUCCAUAUUUUCUUCAGCUGUUUGUUUUAAACAUUUAGCCCCCCAAAAAUUGGAGUUUUGGAUUGCAAAGCACAUAUUUCCAACUUUGUUUUAGUAAUGUUUAUAUUUUUUAUAUUUUGGCAAAAAAUGUUUGUGUUUUGGAUUGAAAAGCAAGCAUCUCCAAGUUUUCAUGAUUGAUUAUUUCUCUUUUUUUUUUUUGCUAAACAAACAAAGAAACAAAAAAAACAGUUUUGAAUUGAAAACCAUGCAUGUUUUCUUUUUUUAAUUAUUAUUAUUAUUUUACUAUUUUGAAUUUGUUUGUAUCACGUAACACGAAAACACGUAUCACGUAUCACGUAUCUCCACAUGGAAGUUUUUCUUGGCUACAAGCUCCUAAAACGUGUUUGUGUUUUGGAUUGAAAAGCACAUAUUUCCAUAUUUUCGUCAGCAUUUUUUUUUACAUUUCGCACCCCCAAAAAUAUUUGUGUUUUGGAUUAAAAAGCAAGGAUCUCAAAAUUGUCCUAUUUCUUGUGUUUUGAACAGAAAAGCAUGUACAGUAUCUCCAAU